CUUUCUUGUGUUAUUCAGGUCUGAGACAAAGUUUCUGAAUAAAAUUGUUGACAAUAUCUAAAGUAAACUGGAUCGUAAAGAAGUUUGUCUUCCAAUCAAUUUAACAGGGAUGGCCACUCGGUACAAGGAGAUCGAUUCCCUGUUAAAUGGAUCUAAUUUUCAAUAUUUAGCAAUUUGUGGCAUGGGUGGAAGUGGGAAGACGACAUUGGCCCGGUACAUUGUCUACUCAAAUUGCCAAAAUUUUGAAAGCAUUAGACAUCGGUAGUCGAUGUAAAGAACCACAUGAUUUGCUUCAGUUACAAGAAAAACUUUUUGGAGAUAUUUCAGGAGGCAAGAAGAGAAAAAUACCUAGUGUUUGUCAAGGAACAUUAAAGAUUGAAGAGGUCUUACGAGUGAAAAAAGCACUUAUUGUUCUUGAUGACAUUGUUGCACCCAGCCAAUUGGUAGCUUUACUGGGAUCCGGGUAUAUUAACAACAAAGCAAGAUAAUAAUAACAACUAGGGAAAAAAAUAUAGGUAAAUGGUUUGAGUCCAGAUCUUGGAGGAAACCACUUGGGUUGUGGUGACUUGGUAAGGCAUGUGGAAGAUAUGGUGGAUAAUCUAUUGACCCAUGUUCAAAUCCUGGCACCACUCAGCCCUUGUGGCCAUGGAGGUUCACCUGCAGUGACUCCAGGGCAUGAGGCAAAGCCUCAUGUUUGCAGCGGGGGAUUAGUCGGUGCGCGAAAGCUGGCCCGGAAACCCUCGUUAGGGAAGUUCCCUUUCCAAAAAAAAGAGUACCAAAUGAUGAAUCAUUAGAGCUUUUAAGUCGACAUGCCUUUGGAUCCAAAACUCUGAUAGAAGGUUAUGAGGAGCUUGCAAAGCAGGUAUUGCAGUAUUGUGAAGGGAAUCCAUUGGCUCUUGAAGUUUUGGGUUCCUCUCUAUCAGAGGAUAAUAGAAUUCUAUAUUGGGAAAGUACAUUACGCUUAUUGGGGAAGAGAGAUUGAUUCUGGAAUUCAACGAGUACUCAUUAGGAGCUACAAUUCUUUACCACAUGACUGUAACAAAGAGUUGUUUUUGCAUAUUGCCUGUUUUUUCGUUGGAAAAGACAUAGAUUACAUGGUAAAGGUACUGGAGAAUGAUUAUUCUGCAUUAUCUGGGAUCAAAACUCUAACAAGAAGAUGCCUUAUAUCUAUUUCACCAAACAAAAAACUAAUGAUGCAUCCACUACUUCAAGAGAUGGGGAGAACAAUAGUCCAUCAAGAAUCACCAAAAGACCCUUCAAACCGUAGUAGAGUCUGGCGUAACAAGGAUUCUUAUGAUGUUCUUCGAAAAGGAAAAGUGAGAUGCUUCCUAUCAUGUGUAUGUUGAAGUUUGUUUUCCACAUUCCAUCUAAAAUUUGGUUGUUUUCUCCUCUUUCUGUUUAGGGUUCAAAUAUAAUGGAAGGUCUAGCACUUGACAUGCGGUUGUUAAAGGAAAAUAAGUACGCAUUCAAGUUAUUUAACCUCAAGACAGAUGCACUCGAAAAGAUGGAUAGACUAAAAUUGCUCCAGCUAAAUUUUGUGCAACUCAGUGGAUCCUACCAGAAUUUUUCAGAGGAUUUAAGAUGGCUCUGCUGGCUUGGAUUUCAUUUAAAAACCAUACCCUCUGACUUAUUCAUGGGAAACUUGGUGGCUUUAGAUAUGAGCUAUAGCACCUUGGAAGUAUUUGAACCCCAUAUGGCUCUUCAAUCACUGAAGAUUCUAAAUCUUAAAGACUCGUACAAGCUAUUUGAAAUCCGCAACAUGUACAUGAUCCCUCAACUUGAGACUUUGAUUCUUUGGAACUGCCACAGUCUAGUUCGUGUUUGUAAAACCAUGGCAGACCUGAGGAGUCUUGCACUAUUGAACAUGACAGGGUGUAAAAGCUUCUGGGCAAGAAUAAAUUUGCUAAUACGUGUAGAAGCUUUUGGUGGACGAGUUGCAGAACAACCUAACUUUUCCUUCUUACCACAUUCAUUACAACAGCUGUUCCUCAAGGACUGCAAUCUUGAGUGUAAUGAUGCUUUUCCUUUGAAAUUCAGUGUUCAACCAUCUAUACAGUACUUGAAUUUAGGCAAUGGUCUGUUUGAGUUUCUGCCAUGUUAUGAUCAUCUUAAGAAUCUUCGGGUCCUUGACUUGAGUUUAUGCUCAAGACUUAAACAGCUUAUAUUUCUCCCAAGCACACUUGCAGAAUUUGGUGUUGAUUUGAUGUACAACCCCAAAGUCUUCGGCAAACCUGAAGUUGAUAAAGUUGGGAUAUGGUUAAGUUAUUGGCCAAUUGGAAGCACAUUGCACACUGGAGAUAAAGUUAAUGUCUCUAUUGUUGUGUUGAGUGGACUGAAAGUACACGCAUGUGGUGUGAGCCUUGUUUACGCUGAUGAUGAAGUGGCUUCAGAGACCUUGGAAAGUAACAUGGAUUGGGUAGAAGUUCUUGGAAGAGAAUUCUCCAGUUUUCAACUAAGCACAGGAGCAUACUAUCUUUGUCGCCGUGAUUUCUUUGAGUUAAUGGAGGUUGGCAGACUGAUUCCUGAUUGGCUUAGAAUUUUAGUUGGUGAUGUCAUCGACUAUGCAGAGGUACGAGGAUGGAGAAAGACAGGUCGACCUAAGCAGUUGAAUCCAUCAUUUACAGAGUUGAAGACCGUUAGAUGCAUCAUCCAUGGUCCUGAAUUGGAGGAUAUUUACAAGAUCACAGAGAUGUCAAAAUUAUCUUUAGUAGAUAUAACGUCAAGCAGGCUUGGGGAGACAAUGAAAUCUGCCACAUCAUCUAAAUCGCUUGAUACACCAAAAAGGGAGGCAAUUUACAAUAUCGUGGAGAUGUCAAAAUCAUCUUCCGAAGAUAAAAAUAUAGGCAGACUUGGGGAGACAACGACAGGUGCCACAUCGUCUAAAUUUGGAGAUACAACAAUAAAGAUUGCAGAAGAGAAACCGAGUAAUUUCAUCCCCAUUCUUCGUUCUGGAGAGUGGUCUGAUAUUGGAAGUAGACCCUAUAUGGAGGAUACUCAUAUAUGCAUUCAAGACCUAGCUAAAAAAUUUAGUAAUAAGAUUCUUGGUGAAGAAAGCGUUUCAUUUUAUGGAGUGUUUGAUGGGCAUGGAGGAAAGGAAGCGUCAGAUUUUGUGCGCGAUAAUUUGCCAGGAAUCAUGGUUGCCGAUGCUGAUUUUCCAUUGGAACUUGAGAAAGUAGUCACAAGGUCGUUUAUGGAAACGGAUGCUGCCUUUGCUAGGUCAUAUGCUCUCGAAUCCACUCUUUCUUCUGGCACAACUGCACUUGCUGCUCUGAUCUUCGGGAGGUCCCUCCUCGUUGCAAAUGCUGGAAAUAGUCGGACAGUUCUCUCUCGAAAUGGACGAGCUCUUGAUAUGUCAAACGACCAUACACCAAUCUACAACAAAGAAAGGAUUCGGGUUGAAUCCUUAGGUGGCUCCGUUGAAGACGGCUACUUGAACGGCCAAUUAGCUGUCACUCGAGCUAUUGGUAACUGGGACAUGAAAGGGCUCAAAGAAAUGGGCGACCACAUCAGCCCAUUGAUAGCUGAACCAGAGCUCAAACUCAUUACUCUAACCAAAGAAGACGAGUUUUUGAUCCUUGGAAGUGAUGGGAUCUGGGACGCGAUCAGUAGCCAAAACGCAGUGGACUUUGUGAGGCGGCAGCUGCAGCAGCACAAUGACAUCAACAGGUGUUGCAUGGAGUUGGCAAAGGAAGCCUUAAGGAGAGGAUCAUUUGACAAUUUGACAGUGGUUAUUGUGUGUUUUCAGCUGGAACCGCCACCACAAGUGGUGGCACAGAGACGCACCACAGUCAACAGGCCCAUUUCUGCAGAAGACCUGCUGAAGCUUUAAUCCCUUCUUGAAGAGUAAAAAUUGAUGUUAUAGUUGCUACCAAUUUGACGGUUCCAUCAUUGGAACAUAGAUCCUUGCCCUUGGUCUUAAACCUUUACAUCGCGUUGAUAAUAUAAAAAAUGAAAUUUUAAUAAAAGUAAGAAUAUAAUUCCAAAAUGCAAACAUACAAAAAAAGUUUGAUGAUCACUCAGCAUUAAGCAUGAAAUUGCAAGGAUAAACUAAAUAAAGACUAUCUACGUUGCGUAUUGGGCAAUGUCAGAGUAAUCAAGUUUCAAAU